UCAUUCAAAUGGAAUGGCUCAUCUUUGAGUUCAUAUAAAUAGGCCCCAUCAGCCACUACUGGAUCGUGCAUCAGAACUGUUUCAUUCAUUCUACUGGUCUAGGGUUACGCUUAUCCUGGCAUUGUCUGGGGGAACUUUCUUACAGGUACAUUCAUGAACAUGGACGCUGUUGGGAGGGCCAGUGGAGCUAAAUAUGAAUGCUUGCUCUUUGACAUGGAUGAUACCCUAUACCCCUUGAGUACAGGUGUCAAUUUGGCUUGCCGCAAGAAUAUAGAAGAAUUCAUGCUGCAAUACCUGAAUAUUGAAGAAAGUGAAGUACCAAGGAUGUGCUUGGAAUUAUACAGGGAAUAUGGAACAACAAUGGCUGGAUUGAAGGCUCUUGGUUAUGAAUUUGACAACGAUGAGUUUCAUGAAUAUGUUCAUGGAAGAUUGCCAUACGAAACAUUGAGGCCUGAUCCGGUGUUGAGAAACCUUCUGCUUUCCAUGCCACAGCGGAAAAUAAUCUUCACUAAUGCUGACAAGGCACAUGCAAGACAAGUUCUGAAAAGAAUUGGCUUGGAAGAUUGUUUUGAAGGCAUUGUAUGCUUCGAAACUCUUAACCCUCCUCUUGAACCAGCUGAUUUCCUGGAUGCAUUAGAUGAUAAUCAAGUUCUUGCUGGAGGUGACGAAGAGCCCAACACUGCUAACAGAACUGAUGCCAGCAGUGUCAGUUCCAAGUCACCUGUUCUGUGCAAACCCUCAUUGGAAGCUUUUGAAGCUGCUAUUCGGAUUGCAAAUGUCGAUCCAAAGAAAACGAUUUUCUUUGAUGAUAGUGCUCGAAACAUUGCAAGUGGAAAAGUAGCAGGGCUCCACACGGUUAUAGUGGGGAGCUCGGUAUUGGUGCCAGGUGCAGAUUAUGCCUUGCGCGGCAUCCACAAUAUCAAAGAAGCAAUACCUGAGAUAUGGGACGGUAGAGAGGAGCAGAUGGAACAAGUUAUCCAAUCUGCUGCGGUUGAAACCGUGGUCCUUGCAUAGAUUUCACUUCAAGUUGAAACUUACUGGUUUUGAAGGGAGACUGUCCUUGUUAUAUUAUAUACAUGGGAAGUAUUCAUCUUAAGUUUAUUAAAUAAAUGACUGAAGCUCACUAAUAUCCACAUCUACUUAGAAUAUAAGAAAUGUUCAUGUAUCUUUAAGAUUUCAUGUACUAAACCCAAAUUUAUGGGGAUAAAAGCCAAUUGGAAGGAAAUAGAUCAAAAUUAGUAAAAUCAGAUG